AUGCAGAAAACAAUCAAGCAAUAUUAUGCCAUCAAGUUUUGCGAGAAACUAGGAAAAUCGGGUACGGAAUCGUUGGAUAUGCAUCAGCAAGCCUAUGGCGAUGAUUGCCAGUCAAAAGGCCAGGUUUUCAGAUGGGUGAAGAUCUUUAAAGAAGGCUGGGACAGCGUUAAGAACAAGGACCACUCCAGACACCCGUCAACUAGCAAAACUGAUGAAAACUUUGACCGUGUUCAUGUUUUAUUGAACACCAACCGUCGAAUGAGUGUCAGGAUGAUAGCAGACGCCCUCGGACUUGAUAAAAUGACAGUGCACAACAUAAUCACCAAAGAAUUGUCAAUGAGGAAGAUCUGCACCAAGAUGGUUCAAAAGAUUUUGUCAGAUAUUCAAAAGCAAGCAUGUGUGGAUGCCUGCCAAACAAUCUCCAGGGCCUUGAAGCUGAUCCGGAAUCAUAAUGUUAUCACUGGAGAUGAAACCUGGAUGAACUUCAAGAGAAAACUGCAAUAA